AUGGCGUCCCCCACGCGGUACUGCGUCCCAGGCGAACGUCUGUGUAAUCUGGAGGAGGGCAGCCCCGGCAGCGGCACCUACACCCGACACGGCUACAUCUUCUCGUCGCUUGCCGGCUACCUGACCAAGAGCAGCGAGAACGGCGCGCUUCCUGUGGUGUCUGUGAUGAGAGAAACAGAAUCCCAGUUAUUGCCAGAUGUGGGGGCUAUUGUAACCUGUAAGGUCUCUAGCAUCAACUCGCGCUUUGCCAAAGUACACAUCCUUUAUGUGGGGUCCACACCACUUAAGAACUCUUUCCGAGGAACUAUCCGAAAGGAAGAUGUCCGAGCUACUGAAAAAGACAAGGUUGAAAUUUACAAGAGUUUCCGACCAGGUGACAUUGUAUUGGCCAAAGUCAUCUCUCUAGGUGAUGCGCAGUCCAACUAUCUGCUGACCACUGCUGAGAAUGAACUUGGAGUGGUGGUGGCCCACAGUGAGUCAGGAGUCCAGAUGGUUCCCAUCAGCUGGUGUGAGAUGCAGUGCCCGAAAACCCACACUAAAGAAUUCCGGAAAGUGGCGCGAGUGCAGCCUGAAUUCUUACAGACCUAA